AUGAAGAUUGAAUUAACAGUUAUAAUUGUUUAAAUGUUAAUUUAAAUAUCUAAUUAGAAUUGUAUCAGAUAAUCAAACAACUUAAAUUAUUUAUUGAAGAGAAAUCACUAGAAUGUAUUAUCUUAUUAAUCAGGAGCAUUAAUUUCAUCAAAAAAUGUUAAUUACUUUUAAUACUAGAAUGAUGGGGUUUGUCUAAGAGAUGGAUUUAUAAAACAAGGCCAGUUGGAGCACCAUAUACCUCAUGUGGAUUAGGGAAAUAAAUUUCCAUAACACUGCUCUAAAAGUAUUUAUUGAAUACAUUAAAAAUUUGGUUUUGGGAUUAUGACUUUCUUUAUAACGAAAGUACCAGACAUUUCGAUAUCGUUGUUUAUGCUAAAUUAGAUUAAGGAAAAAAUAAAAUUUAUGAGAAUAAAUUCGCAAUAAGUCUCAUGACUAUAGAAUUUGAUGAUUAGUUUGUUGAAGAAUUUUAAGUAGUAAAUGUAGGAGGAAAUACUCACAAUGGAAAUUUAAAUAUCAUUAAAGUUGAAGCCUAUUAUAAAUUUUCAUGA